UUUACUCAUAAGAAAAAAAUAGUACAACUGCUGAAGCAGAGUUGCACCUAAUGUAGAUUUUAACACCCUAAAGCAAAAUCUGUAGUUUGUGCCAUAAAUUCCAGUUAUGACCGUUCCUGCAAUUGGACAGGCAAAUCAAGAUCGGCGUUUGGCAAAAAGCCAAACAGUUCAGUGAAGCUCUUCAGAAAAACAUCGUAAAGUGAACUAUACUCAGACGUCGCUUUUCCGGAAAUAACUUUUCCUGGGAAAAUCCGGACCAUUCAAAAAGCGCAAAUAAGUUCGGGAGAAGAUACGUAACGUAACCGGGGUAAAACCCAUCUUAAAGUUGUCUCUGGGAAAAAAAACUCGGUCAGUUUGUAUUCCAAUUGACCUCACUUCGAGAAAAAAAAACGAAUCCAUAUUUUCGUCUACCCGCCCGCGUUCGAUAAAAUACCUAUCAUUGUUCCCAAUAGAGUCGGGAAAAAGAAAAGCUGUCACCACCCGCGCUUCCGUUCACACUUGCUGUGCCAUCAUCAAUUCGCGGCAGCAUCAAUAAUUUCAGAUUAAAAGAGAAACAAACAAACAAACAAACACAAUCCGCUGAAUGGCGUCGGUUUUGCGCAGGGAGCACAACAAUAAAGUGCUCGGGAUGUCUUCCGAAAUGACUUUGUUAUCGGGCGAGCAAGUCAACAACCUUGCCAUCACGGUUGCUCUCCCGGAUGCGCCCAAGCGGGAAAAAUGGGGCAAAGGUGUGGAGUUUAUGCUGUCGUGCAUCGCCUAUUCGGUGGGGUUUGGUAAUAUUUGGAAGUUCCCCUACACAGCCCUGGAAAAUGGUGGCGGAGCCUUUUUGAUCCCUUACCUUGUGGUGCUGUUUCUGAUUGGACGACCUAUUUACUAUCUUGAAAUGGUGAUGGGUCAGUUUUGCAGCCGUGGGUGUGUUAAGAUUUACGAUCUGGCACCCAUCAUGAGAGGUGUCGGAGUAGGUCAAUCGGUGGCCAUGUUCGUGGUGAUGACCUACUAUACCCCUGUUCUGGCCAUAACGCUACGAUAUCUUUUUGCAUCGUUCAGCUGGGAACUUCCCUGGAGCAAAUGUGAUCCCUCAUGGCCACACUGUAUAGAUUCGGUCAAAAGCGAUUUCCAAAAUUCGAGUAAAGCCGAUCUAAGGAAUAUGAAUGUUUCUGCUGAAUUAUUUUUUACUAACACUGUGAUGCACCGAGGUUCAUUAGAACAGGGGAUCGGUAUUCCCGACCUUAAACUCGUACUCUGUCUGCUAGCGUCAUGGCUGAUAAUCGCAAUCAUCCUAAUCAAAGGUAUUAGAAGUACCGGCAAAGCUUCCUACUUCCUGGCUUUGUUCCCGUAUGUAAUCAUCUCUAUCCUGUUUGUGCAUUCUUGCUCACUGAAGGGCGCCUGGAAUGGAAUUUCCUUCUUUUUGACACCGAAAUGGGAGAGCCUAUUUACCGCUAAAGUUUGGAUGGAAGCUGUGACGCAGUGCUUCUUUUCGCUGUCCAUAUGUUUUGGCGGCAUCAUAGCGUACUCUUCGUUUAACAACUUUUCCAACAACGUUUAUAGAGACGCCAUGAUAAUAUCCUGGCUGGAUACCUUCACCUCGAUCAUCAUUGGCUGUAUCGUGUUCGGAGUGCUUGGAAAUUUAGCCUACGUUACCAAUAAAGACAACAUCCAGGAUGUCGUUCGGGAAGGUUCCGGCUUAGCUUUUAUGGCCUAUCCGGAUGCAAUCGCCAAGUUUGAAUAUUUGCCACAACUCUUCUCUGUGCUCUUCUUCCUGAUGCUGUUCAUCGUUGGAAUUGGCAGCAAUCUGGGCGUUUUGACGAGUAUCAUCACGGCAGUGCGGGAUUUCUGCCCGAAGGUGUCCAACUGGAAGGUCGCUUGUACGAUUUGCGUAAUAGGGUUCUCGCUGAGUACGGUCUACGUUGCUCCUGGAGGAUUAGACCUGUUGGAUGUUUUCGAUCUGUACGGAGCCAAGUAUGUUACUUUGACGUUUGCUCUGUUUGAGCUUAUCACCUUCGGCUGGAUUUAUGGAGUUGAUCAGAUCUGUCGGGAUAUUCACUUCAUGUUGAAUAUCUCCACAAGUAUGUUUUGGAGAAUCUGUUGGGCCCUGGUAACACCGAUUGUAGUAGCUGUGAUUCUACUAGGAUGCUUCAUUUCUCACAAACCAGUCAACGUUCCCGUGGAAUAUAACGUUAUCGGAUGGUGUGUCUACGCCUUGGCAGCCAUUCAACUUCCGUUGUGGGCACUUUACGCAAUCUACAGGCAACAGUAUGGUGGAUUCUACCGGAAGCUGAGGAAUGCUUUCCAUCCCACCACAACUUGGGGACCGGAAAAUGAAGUCACCCGGGAAAUGUACAAUUUUGCCAACGAGAAAUAUCGGGAUCAGCAACAGUCGAGUGAAGAUGACUCAUCCAACUGCGGAACGCUCGUUUAUAGAAAGAUUUUCAAAUAAGCCGACAAGAGUAGUUUGUUGAAAACUCGAUUUAUCGAAAUCAGUGGUGAUAAAAUUGAUGACAUUUGAUGUGGCUCUAAAGCGUGAAAACAAUUUAGAUUAUUCGAAUACUAUGUAUGUAGAUAAUUUGGGAAGGCAACCCAUAACGAUAUAACAAAGUGUUAUUAGUUUAAGAUGAUAUUAAUAAAGUGCUAUUCAUUUUAUGGGUUUUAAAGUACGAGAAUUUUUUUUCUUUUGUUUGAGGUGAAUAAAAUUAUAGUUGAAAAUUAUUAGGGAAGUUCACAUAAAUUUACUUAGGCUAUUGAUUACUAAUUUGAAUACCUCUUAGAUCGAAUCGUUUUACUGGAUAUUGAUCAAAGCCCAGAAAAAAUUACUCAGAUAUAACUGAACAAAUAUAUUACCAGUGUAAAACCUUAAUGUAAGUGUAAGCAGUACAAAAUAUUCAAUUUGAAAAAAACAUUGUGAAAAAAAUAACUUUGAUCCUGUGAUUCUUUCGUUCUUUUUGGAAUUUAAGCUUUAAAGCUCUUAUAGUCAACGAACUUCAGUUAUAAGAAAGGCGAAUCGUCAGCUUGGCUUUCAGGGACCCAUUGUGCUUGAAGUCACUCUACUGCGCACUUGUCCGGUCAGUUACAGAACAUGCUGCAAUUCUUUGGCUCCCUAUCAGUUAUGUUGGUUUUUGCGAAUCGAGCGUGUACAAAAGCGUUUUGUUAGAUUCGCUCUACGACAUCUACCCUGGCGUAAUCCUGAAAACCUUCCCGCAUAUUCCGACCGGUGCCAGCUUCUGGGAUUAGAAACAUUGGAAUGCCGCCGAAAAACUCAACAGGCAUCAUUCAUCGCAAAAAUACUAAAUGGAGAAAUUCAGUCACCAAACCUGCUAGGAAUGAUCAACUUCAAUGCUCCUUCGAGGACUUUACGUCAUCACUCUUUGCUAUCGAAUCGAACCCACCGAACAUCCUACGGCCAUAAUGAACCAGUGAGUGCAAUGAUGCGUACGUUCCAGAUUGCUGAGCAUCUACAUCAAUUGGGGGAGCCAUCUAGCCGAUUCAUCAACCGAGUACGCCAGUCUUCAUUGUUUCGUGUUAUCUA